AUGCCAUUGCAGGUGUUAUCUAUAUUUCGCUUCUUAGCAACAUUGACGCUAUUACAAACUAUUUUAAAUGUACUGAUCUGGAUAAGGAAGGAAUGGAAUCGUUUUGGUGAAAGGGCGCUCACUGUAAAUGUUCAUCAGUUUGGUGAUGAAGUGGAAGAAAACGACGAACAUUUACAAGGAAUCGCCAUGGAUACUGGUGCUAAUGCAUUCUGCCCAAAUUGCCGGACGGUAUUUCAUCCAAGCCGUAUUGUGCCACUUCUCAAUUUUUAA